ACCAGUUUCUGUUUACAUGAAAUCUAUUUGAUCCAGCUUACACUGUUACUUCAUUUAUGAUAAACGUCCUGUUACUAAAAAUAGAACAUAUGCUGUCCUUUACCAGGAAGCCUAUCUCAAAUUCUGAGAAGUAUCGCCGCCAUAUUGACAGACAGAAACUAACCUUGUCGACAUGGCGGCCCAGACACCAGUUUCAGGGUGUCCCCGCCAUAAAGGGAUGGGGUUUGUUUGUGUGUGUAAAUCGUGUGAGGACGAGUUAAUUUGUAUGGACUGUGUUACAGAAAGUCACAACGGUCACAAGAUGGGUAAACUGACUGAUUAUGUGGCGGACCAGAAACGGGAAAUACAGCAGUAUGUUGACAAGCUCUCCAAAACCGACAUUCCUAAAAUCAAGGAGGAUAUUCGUGAACAGGAGACGAGCGGUGGAGGAUAUCAGAAAGUUAUCAAUGACAUUAAACGUCAGGGGAAACAGAUGAAAGACAACAUCGAUAACGCCAUUGAGUUGUUAGUGAAGAUGUGUACCGAGCUAGAGAAACUGAAUAAAAGUGUUUCUGAGAAAAACAAAACUGCUCUCACCAAACAUCUGAGGGAGGACCUGGAGCCCAAACUGGACAGAUGCCAGCAGGUACUGACAUCCGGUACAACCGUUGACGUCACUACAUUAGCGCGGGAAAUCAGGAAUACCUCAUUUGACCCUCCCUCUCCUCGACGUUUGCAGACAGUGGAGUUCAAACCCGGGACCAUCUCCACCGAACUUCUGGAACGCAUGCUUGGUAAGGUACUCGUCGACGGGGAAGAUCAGUCGUACAAACCGAUUCCGACACCUGUGGUUCUGUCCGAGUUUACGACGUCGUUUCCUUACACUAUAUGUCGUACAUGUCUUACUGGUGACGAGGCAUGGUUAUCGUACUGGGACGAUGAAAGCGUGUAUCGGGUUGACAUAAAAGGCAGUGUAAAGGAGACAAUCAAGUGUAAGGUCAAAGUCAGUUCGAUCUCUGUAUCCCCGACCACGGGCAGGGUGUGGUUCUGUGUUCAGGAUGACCGAAGUAUCCGGGAAAUCACGACGGGUGGUGACGUCGUUACACGCUUUAACGUUAACAACACACCAGGUUCUCUGUGUAUCACUAGUGAUGACAUGGUGGUGGUGGGGAUGGAUGGAGGAAUACAACUGUACACUACAGACGGCCGGGCAGUGUCAGCUGGAGCGGGCCGUCCUUGUCGACAGGUGGCAGUAAGUCCCUCAUCACAUGGUGUCUAGUUCUCUGACCGGGGAUGUAGCUGCUGUUGAUAGUGACGGUGUAGGUUAUGAUGACUACAUCGCUGGUAAGACACCAGGCAAACAGCCUCACGUCAUCGUGAUGGAUAAACACCUAAACCUGAAGUUUCGCUGUAAAGACAUUGGUACAAUCAAAUCAAACGGAAGUUCCAGUCAGUCAUCAAAGUUUUACCCGUACGAUGUUUGUUUUGAUGGAGCUGGUGAUAUCCUCGUAGCGGACUAUCUCACCAAGUCGGUACUACUGAUUGACGGGAAUACUGGACAGUGUAUGAGGACUGUUUAUACAACCGAUGGAAGUGUACCAGUGUGUAUCGGUCUACACGAGGAUGGUACCCUCUGGGUCUAUCACAGGGGCAGUACAACGAAAAUACUCAAAUAUAAAUAGACAUAACACGUGUAUCCCCGUAUUGAACAAUGCAUCAAUACUCCCCUUCACAGAGUGUCCUUCGAAUACUGUGGAUAUAAUAAUAAGGUGACAUUGAUAAUAUGUUGGUGAUUAAUUAUCUUGGAUACGUGUACACUAUGUGUUUGAUUUGAAUUAUAUCUUGUCCUAAAUUGACGAUUACUUUUAACAGUUGAUUUCAAAAUUGUACAAAUGAUAACUUACUGAUUGGUUUACCAGUUUAUAAUAUGUAUGUUUAACACUAUAUUGAAUUUUUAAUUUAUACCCAUCGCAUAAAAACAAUGAACACAGGAAGUAAUACAUUGUUAACUUCAAAAACAAACUUCGAAAAACCUUACAUUAUAGAUAAUUCUAGGAUUGACUCACUCAAUUCUGCCAAUCAGCUGCCUUUUUUCUGGGAAUCUAAUCCUCAAGACAAAUUGGUUUUAGGUACUGUAGCUGAGUAAUUGACAUAUGGCACUCAGUAAUUGUUACAUAUUUCAUUGGCUAAAUUUAUUAUUGAUAUAAAUGAGAUAAUUAAGUCACAAUUUGUUGUACCAUGUAUUAUUAUUAACCAGGUGUUUGUAUUCGUAUUAUCUGCACUGUACUGUUUACGAGAAUAAACAAUUGUCAUUGUCAUUA